CAUGUUCUUAACCCACCUUCAAACGGACUUUGGAGCCAGUGACACUAGCACCUAACGUUAGGGAAUAUUAUCGGGUGCGAUUUUCUCAAUAAAAGGACGGAGGUCAAUGCAGUAAAAUGAAUAUUGUGAUACUAUUGAUCGCGUUGACGCUGCCUGCAGCUUACGGGUACUGCCCUACAAAGGACAUAACCUUUCUGGGUCACUGCUCGUACAAGAUCAAAUGCAGCCGCGCCCUGAACAACUUCCGACUGGAGCCCUACUGCCUCGGGUCCAGCAACUACAACACAACCAUCCACAUCACCGUGGACGAAGCCGAGGAGACCCUGGAUACUCACGCCAACCCGGAGGUUCUACAGGCUGUUACCUCCCUGACAGUCUUCGGGGACUGGUCCGAAACGAACAUGUCGUUCGUACAAAACAUGUUUCAACUGAGGCACUUGAAGGUAAUCCACAGCAGAAUCCACCGAAUAACGGGCAGCCCCUUUCGAUACCUCAACAUUAUACAGAGUAUCUCUCUAUCCCACAAUUCGUUGACCGACCUGGAAGGAGUAUUCCAGUUCGAAUCCUCACCCACGAGGCUAAAAACGUUGAUCUUGUCCUACAAUAAAAUUGACAAUCUUAGAAGGGAUACCUUCGAAGAUCUAUCGAGGCUCACCGAGCUCGAUCUCUCCUACAACGCCAUCUCCGACCUCAGCGAUGAACCGUUCGCAAACUUGACCGACCUCGUAACUCUUAAGCUGAACAACAAUAGGAUAUCGCAAAUAGGCAGUGCAUUUAACUACACUAGACAUCUGAAACAUCUUUACUUGGCUAACAACGAAAUCGAUAACUUAAACGAAUAUUCUAUAGCGACGAUCAACGAUUUGGAAACGUUGGACAUCUCGCGAAAUAAAAUAGCUCAAUUCGAGCCGGCCGUGCUCUCCAGACAUUGGGAUCAUUUGGAUGACCAUUCGAUUUGUAGGAUACUACUGUCCGACAACAAUAUAGUUUCCGUACCAAACACGACGUUGGAGUAUCCGACUAAAUUGUCUCGUCCCGUAAGAAAUAUUCUGAAAAACCGCGUGGACGUGCAUGUCGAUUUGUCGAAGAAUUCUAUUAGCAAUAUCGAGUACAACGCUUUCCAAGCUAUAUCACAUUUGACUGCGCUCGACGUUUCGGCCAACAAACUAUUGACGUUUAUCGUUAACGCUGAACACUUGCAGUACAUCACCUACCUCAAUUUGAGUUGCAACCAUUUGACGAGAAUACAUUACGAAAGUUUCGCGCUGAUGCGUAGCCUACAAAGCUUGGACUUGUCGCACAAUAACAUGGACGAGUUCCCCGAUGAACCCCUAGGAGAAAGCACGCAGCUGAGAAGACUGAAUCUAACUAAUAAUGCCAUAGAAAACAUCGACAGACUAAGAUUAACAUUCCAUACUCAAGGGGGUGUGCUGGAUCUAUCCAACAACGGCUUAACUACGCUAAAGGUACCAAAAGACGAAGCCUAUGGGCUGACUGAUUUGAUACUCAGCUGCAACAACAUCACCGAGUUGUACCAGGUUCAAUUGAACAGCCAGUACCAUCUGUUGCAUCUCAAUUUAAGUCAGAAUUACAUCCAGGAACUAGACGAGAACUCGGUGCAGCUGCCUGAAUCGCUGAUCUUUUUGGAUUUGAGUGCAAAUAUAAUUCAAGUGAUCGAGCCCUCGUCGUUCCAGAAACUGCCGUUUUUGAACAACUUGAGGCUAUCUCGGAACAGAAUAAGAGAAAUCAAGUAUGGAACAUUCAAUGGGCUUACUUCUUUGAAAUUUUUGGACCUUUCGUUUAAUAACAUAGACCAUCUUGACUCAAAAUAUCUUCUGGAUUUGCAAUCUUUGGAGAUCCUAUCAUUGAGGAGUAACCAUCUCAACUACUUGGACCACAACACUUGGCUUACGCAUAAGCAUGAUUUGAUGGUAUAUUUGGAUGACAAUGAUUAUUCUUGUGAUUGGUUGGCGAAGGCUCUGCAGGACUAUCAAAAUGGAUACUCAAAAAUGAGACCUAUGGCGCUGAGGAAACCGACAACGAGGAAUUCAAUUUUAGACAUUCCUUGCUCGCAGCUGGACCAAAAGAUUGUAGAUCCCAGCUCAAAGUAUGUUAUGAGUGAUGAUCGUCUGCUUGUGAUGACCCAGAAGAUUCUAGAGGUCCUCAAAGAGCAGAGUGGUUACAUGAAAAGGAUUCUGAAGUAAUACAAGAAUCAUUUUUACUGAUGUAAUUUAGUAGUAGUUUAUCUUAAGUUCUUUUUUUUAUUUCGUCGAUUAAUUCUUUUUAAUUAUAUUACUUUAAACCUGAUUUUGACAUUUUAGCUGUUUUAAAAACAGCUAUGUUAUGUAUGAGAUCUAAAUUUUGAUUUUAAUUAUAAGCAUUAGAUAUAAGUUAAACUGUCCCAGUUUUAUGUCAUUAAUAAAAUUUAAUUACUUU